AUGGCUGCCUCCAAAUCCAAGCAGAAUGGCUCGGCAAAGCCUGCGGCAUCGCCGACAAAAGAUCGUUCUUUCGUGACGCGCUGGGCUACGCGGUUAAUAGCCUUGGUCGUCGCAUACUUCACCUGUAGCUUCUUGGACUCUAUCAAGGACAGGUGGUAUGUCUUCGACCCACCAUUCUUGCAUGAGCUGGCACGCUCCGCCAUUGCGGCUUCACCCGGGGACACGGCCGGCAUGAUUCAGCAUAUCGUCACCAACCUCACCGAGACCUACCCAUCCUCUGUUAUCGCCUUGAACUCUGGUCUUGACCGAAACGAAUGGUUCUUCAACAACGCGGGCGGCGCCAUGGGGGCAAUGUAUGUCAUACAUGCAAGUAUCACCGAGUACCUGAUCAUCUUCGGCACACCUCUGGGAACGGAGGGCCACUCGGGCGUGCACACGGCCGACGACUACUUCCACAUUCUCGAGGGCGAGCAGUGGGCGUUUGAGCCAGGCGCGCUCACCAAAGAAGUCUACCGCCCCGGCGACGUGCACCUGAUGCCCCGAGGUGUCGUGAAGCAAUACAAGAUGCAUAAGAACUGCUUCGCUCUGGAGUACGCGCGCGGCUGGAUUCCGCUCAUGAUGCCUUUUGGGCUUGCGGAUGUCAUGUCUUCGACGCUUGAUUACCCCACCUUCUUCAAGACCUCUCGUAUUACUGGCCGCGAGAUGCUUCGCAACUUGCUCAUCGGGAAGAUCUAG